AGUAUUCCACCCUUUUUCCAACGUUUCACAGUCUGUAACAAUUCUCUCUCUCUAGACAUGAAAACCUCAAGAGUGUAAGACUCAGACAAGAACCAGAGCAAAGACAACAUGAAGCCCACUCCUUAAUUUCCUCAAACCCCCCAAAAAUCUUGAUAAGAUUUUCAAAGAUGAAAAGAAAAUUGAUUGUUCGUCGGCUUUCUCUUCCCACAUUCUUGAGAAUGGGACUGCUUGAUUUCCGCCACCUCCUCAUCGUAUCGGCCGCCAUUUUACUCCUCCCCUCCGCAGCGCCGGACAUCGCGUCCGAUCGUGCUGCCCUGUUAGCCCUCCGUUCCGCAGUGGGCGGCCGUGUCCUCCUCUGGAAUCUCUCGAGCCCCACUCCCUGUUCGUGGGCCGGCGUCACGUGUUCUUCUGGAAGCUCCUCCGUCGUCGAGCUCCGCCUCCCCGGAAUGGGGCUCUCAGGCCAGCUCCCGCCGAACACCAUAUCCAAUCUAACCAACCUUCAGACUCUGAGCCUCCGUUACAACGCCCUCUCCGGCCCACUCCCGGCCGACCUCUUCUCUUCGCUUACUUCCCUCCGCAAUCUUUACUUACAGCACAAUUUCUUCAGCGGCCAAAUCCCCGAUUCUUUAUUUUCUCUCACGUCCCUCGUGCGCCUGAAUUUGGCUCACAACAAUUUCUCCGGCCCGCUUUCGCCUUCAUUUAACAGUCUGACUCGCCUGGGAACGCUUUACUUGCAGGAUAAUCAUUUCUCAGGCCCGAUUCCAGACCUGAAUUUUCCCAGUUUAGUUCAGUUCAACGUUUCGAAUAAUAAUCUAACUGGGCAGAUCCCCAAAGGGCUUUCAGGAAACCCCAAGAAUUCAUUUUCUGGGAAUUCACUCUGUGGCGCCCCGCUUGAUUCUUGCGCCAAUGAAAACCCCAAGAAAAAACUCUCUGGCGGGGCCAUUGCCGGAAUUAUAAUCGGUUGUGUUCUCGGGUUUUUCUUGAUUUUAUUGGUUCUGUUCUGUCUGUGUAGAAUGUUGGCUAGAAAGGGGAUGAGAUCAAAGGAUGGGAUUGGGGCUAAUGAGAGAGAACUUGGACUUCCACGAGAGAAAACGGUGGAGAGUGGGGAUGGGACCAGCAGCAGUUUUGGGGCUGGAGCGGAGAGCAAUGUGAUCAGUGGUGGGAAAAGGGGAUUAGUUUUCAUAGGAAAACUUGGCUGGAAUUUCGAUAUAGAGGAUCUUUUGAGGGCGUCAGCUGAGGUCUUGGGAAAGGGCACGUUUGGUACUACAUACAAGGCGGUGCUGGAAACGGGGCUGGCUGUGGCGGUGAAGAGGCUGAGAGAUGUUAAUUUGGGGGAGAAAGAGUUGAGGGAAAAGGUUGAGGAGAUUGGGAAAAUGAAUCAUGAGAAUUUGGUGCCUUUAAGGGCUCAUCAUUGUAAUAGGGAUGAGAAGUUGCUUGUGUAUGAUUACUUGCCAAUGGGGAGCUUGUCUGCUUUAUUACAUGGAAACAAUGGAGUGGGCAGGACACCACUGAACUGGGAGACAAGGGCAACCAUUGCCCUAGGAGCUGCCCGAGGAAUCACAUACCUUCAUUCACAAGGCUCAUCUGUUUCCCAUGGCAACAUUAAAUCAUCAAACAUUCUCCUCACGAGAUCCUAUGAAGCCCGUGUAUCCGACUUCGGUCUCGCUCGUCUUGCAGGCACCGCCGCCACUCCCACCCGUUUAGCCGGCUACCAGGCCCCGGAAGUAACCAAUCCUCACAAAGUCUCUCAAAAAGCAGACGUUUACAGUUUUGGGGUCUUGCUGUUGGAAAUGCUGACGGGUAAGGCCCCAACGCAUUCAUUGUCGAACGAGGAGGGCGUUGAUCUCCCGCGAUGGGUGAAGUCCGUGGUCGGAGAUGAGUGGACGUCUGAGGUUUUCGAUCUUGAACUCCUACGGUACCAGAACGUCGAGGAGGAUAUGGUUCAGCUGUUGCAGCUUGCAGUUGAUUGUACGGAGCAGUACCCUGAUAAGCGUCCGUCGAUGGCUCAGGUAACGACGAAGAUUGAAGAGCUUUGUCGUCGGAGUGUAGAUGAUCGGAGUGGUGAUAUCAUUGAUGUUGGUGAUGAAGAGCGUGGUGUUGGUUUAGGAUCACCAGCAACCUAGAAGAAAGGAUUGCAUUGUAAGAUCAGAUACUUUUGCUGUUUGCCAUUCUUGAGGUUCUUUGAUUGACAAUCGAAAUUGCAUUUGCUGUCUCAUUCUUAUUCUUUUCUUCUUGCCAUUGCCAAAUUCUAUGUUUCACAUUCUUUGAUU